AUGUUUGACCGACUCAAAGGCGAGUUCCACCGUCAGGAUGAUGCAUCUUCGACAGCAGGCUCUUCCACCCGUCCUCCACCGCCAGCAUACGAUGGUCCACCACCAAAUGCCAGGCCGACAUCAACCAGUAAAGAGACGAACCGGCCCUACGAGAGACCAGAGCCAACAUUCCGAACCAACUUUGGCUCAGUCUCGCUCCACAUGGGCGACAGAAUCCGUCUGAUGGGGCUGCCUCCUGAAAUUACGGCCGCCAUCCGAUCAACUCUACAGCAAACCUGGCCUAAUGGCAUCCAAGACGAGCGCGGCUACCAUGGCUCUGUAGAAUUCAAGCUUAGAGGCUACCCCUGGAGCCCCACAGGCGACGACGCAAUCCACGCCCGUCGGGUCACGCGAGGCAUCAUGGCAACGCUCUACAGCCACGGCUGGGUCCUGUACAUCUCCACCGACAUUUCACGCAAGCCAGGCGACAAGGACAACCUUUUCUUCCGCCAUCAAGACCCUCCACCCGCGCCUCGCGAAUGGUUCUCCUGCACGUUCAGCAAAGGCGACCGCAUCCGACUGAUCGAUGCGCCGGAGAGCGUUGUACAGGACAUGAUUCGCACUUUGCAAGGCUACAUCCAGACCCAUCGACCUUAUCAUGUUAGUGGGACCUACGAGAUCAAGCUCAACGGAUCUCCCUUCGCAGCUUCAGGAGGUGAGACUAUGGUAUCAAGGGUGCUGUGUCUGGAGUUGUUCGAGGUGCUGGAGAGGAAUGGGUUCACGCUGUACGCUUCGAUUGAUCAGAAGUAUGGUGGCCAGCAUGGAACGGAGACCGACAGCUGGCAGAUGUCUCGUCCAGUGGGGUGGAGUCCUGGGGCGCCGGUGUAUCAUCAGUGA